AUGAGAGCAUCAACCAGAGUGAACGUGACAAAUCGUUUGUUCAUGACCACUUUUCUCGUGGCCUUCUCGUCUGUAGCGUUGAGUUCAGCGAUACCGUGUCCGGCACACACACUGGACUCUGACGCUCCUCUAGCUGUUCUGGAGCAGAAAGAGAAGCUAGAGAAAGAAAAGCUCGAAAGAUUGUCGAGAUCAACAUAA